UGUCCUCCCAAUCAUACAGAUCAACCAGAAGUUCUGUUUCACAGUCUUUAUCUUUUGAAGAUGCAGUCAUGACUGGCUUAGCCAAAGAUGGUGGUCUCUUUGUUCCUUCUGUGAUUCCAAAAUUGCCAUCCGACUUUUUAACAAAAUGGAAAGAUUUAACUUUCGAACAGCUUGCCUUCAAUAUAAUGCGGGAGUAUAUUGCAGAAUCCGAGAUUCCCAAUGAAGAUCUCCGUUCUUUGGUCGAAAAGUCAUAUUCAACAUUUAGAUCAGAAGAUGUCACCCCAUUGAAAGUUCUUGAUGCAAAAUCUGGUUUGUACAUUUUAGAGUUGUUUCAUGGGCCUACAUAUGCGUUUAAAGAUGUGGCCUUGCAAUUUGUUGGAAAUUUGUUUGAAUACUUUUUAUCCAGAAAAAAUGCUGGAAUUUCCGACCCUUCAAAGAGACAGAAGAUCACUGUAGUAGGUGCCACAUCCGGAGACACUGGGUCUGCGGCCAUUUAUGGCUUAAGAGGCAAGAAGGACGUGUCUGUUUUUAUUUUGUAUCCCACCGGAAGAAUAUCUCCUAUCCAAGAGGAACAAAUGACUACAGUCGAGGACGCGAAUGUUCACACGUUUUCAGUAAAGGGCACAUUCGAUGAUUGUCAAGACAUCGUCAAACAAAUUUUUGGUGAUAAAGAGUUUAAUGAGCAGCAUCAUGUCGGUGCCGUGAACUCUAUCAAUUGGGCAAGAAUUUUGGCGCAGAUGACUUACUAUUUUUACUCUUACUUUCAAUUACUUAAAACAUUGAACAUACCUGCUGUUCUGGAUGUGAAGCCAAGGUUUGUUGUUCCUUCUGGAAACUUCGGUGAUAUACUUGCAGGAUAUUAUGCAAAGUCUAUGGGCUUACCUGCUGACAAGCUCAUUAUUGCAACCAAUGAGAAUGACAUCUUAGACCGGUUCCUCAAGACUGGCAGAUAUGAAAAAGAUGGCGAAGUGAAAGCCACAUAUUCACCUGCUAUGGAUAUCCUUAUUUCCUCAAACUUCGAGAGAUUGUUAUGGUAUUUGAUCAGAGACAAUAUGACAAGUGGCGAUGAUGAGAAGGCAGGGGAAGUCUUGAGUGACUGGAUGGCGCAGUUGAAACUGACUGGUUCAGUCUGCGCUCCCGAGUCUGUGGCUACUGCUGCAAGACGAGACUUUGACUCUGAGAAAGUCGAUGACUCCGAAACGGCGGCGACUAUCAAGAAAAUUUAUGUCAGCGAUGCAGAAAACUACGUCUUAGAUCCUCACACUGCCGUUGGUAUAGCUGCAUCAUUGAGAUUCAUUGAAAGGGACCUCGAUUCCGAUACCAAGAGCAUAAAGUAUAUUUCUUUAUCUACUGCGCACCCAGCCAAGUUUUCUGAAGUCGUUAACAAGGCAUUGCUGGGAGUACACGGUUACUCGUUUGAGAAAGAUGUUCUUCCAGACGAAUUAAAAGCCUUGGCAACAAAGGAGAAAAGAAUCAUUUUGAUUGAUGAACCCUCCUUGUCCAAAGUAAAACAAUCAAUCAUCACUGAAUUGGGCAAAGAGAAAAGUACAUAAGUUAGAUACUGCAUUCCAUCAAUAGUGACAUAUAUAUUCCUCC